UUAAAUGAAUCAUUGAAUGCAUUGUUGAUGUAAAAAUUAUACUCAAAGAAAAUCGAACUCAACGCAGACGGACGGACACGCGUGUAGUCGACAACUAGUUUAUAUGACGGAUUUGAUUCUACGUAUAUAUUGUAGAACUGAUCGCUAUUUGCUUAGUGCUGGUUCAUCCUUAAGUUUGGAUGUAAGUUUAAGUGAUGGGUGUGUUGUGGUUAUUAUUAACUGUUACCGUGGCAACGGGGAAUGCAUUGAAAUUAACUGACGAGCAAUACCACCAGCUGCCGGAGCUGUUCCAGCUGGACGACUACGAGGCGUGCCUGUCCCAGCGGCGUGGCGCUUUCUGUCUCGCCACCUUUGACCUAUUGCCGUCUUCUAACAAACAACUAUUCAACAUAAUUCAACAAUUCUCCGAAGACCGUGCCAACUUUAAUCAUACAAGAAUCCAUCGCGGAUAUUGUGUGAGCACCAGAUGUUCGCACAUCGACGAAGUUUCCCUAAAUAGGAGAUUCGUAAAAUGUGUCAGUGACAUAACGAAGAACACUUACGGUUUGGACACAAAACUGGCAACACUGGAUUAUUGCAAGACAACUAAAACACCACCAACAAAACCCAUAGAUGAAUUAGACGUCGCAUUCGCGUAUAUAUCCGGGUUUAUAUUACUUAUGAAUGUUAUCGGAACUAUAUACGAUUUAACAAGAAACCCCGACCACAAGCCUAAUCGUUAUUUAAUGACAUUUUCCUUCAUGGAUAAUUGGAGGCGGCUAACAGACUCUUAUGAGAAUGGAGAUGCCAGACUCAACGCACUUCAGCCUAUUCAUGGCAUGAAAGCGAUCACUCUAAUGUGUGUCAUGCUGGCACACACCGUGAUAACUUACCACGCUGCAUAUCUCAUGAACCCACGCUUCAUUGAAAAUGGUAACCGUCACCCGCUGUCUAUCUUACUGCACAACGGUACCGUCAUAGUGCAGACCUUCAUCCUGCUCUCCAGUUUCCUUUUCGCCUACAAUAUGCUCAUCUACAUUGAGAACAAUCCCAAGAAGCAACUUAACUUAAGUCUGUUCCUCAGCUCUGUACUAAAUCGAGUCUCCAGAAUCCUGCCAUUGUACAUAUUCGUUGUGGGUUUUGUGACGACAUGGUGGCGACACACGAGCGAUGGCCCGCUUUGGUCGCCCCUGGUGGAGGCGGAGUGCGCCCGUUGUAGGGACAAAUGGUGGUCUCAGUUCCUAUUCCUCAACAACUUCUAUAAGCCUGAUGAUAAAUGCCUUGUACAGACGUGGUUCCUCGCAGUGGACUUCCAGCUCUACGUGUUGGCGGUGUUUCUCACCCUCAUCCUGGGCCAGUCUUUCCGCACCGCUAUUAAGGUCUUAUCCGGUCUUCUCGUUUUCUCCAUGGCAACCAACUUUGCGAUCGCAUACUACUGGGAUUUGAAGUCUGUACUCUUUGUAACGAACACUGAAGCAAUCCGUAGUCUUUACUACGGCGUACCAUCGUUCAAGUGGAUUUACAUGGCGCCUUGGACAAGUCUGCCUUCCUCUCUGCUAGGACUUAUAGCAGCUUUUCUUCUCUAUCAUUGGCAAAAGAACAACUACGAUCCCAAGGAGUCACUGGGUCUUUCAACAAAGACGGUCUUGUACGGUCUUUAUAACAGAAUACUUUUGAUGCAAAUUAUAUGGUGUCUUUUUAACAUUUAUCUUAUGUUCUUUUCCCAGAUCUAUCGUGUUCUGUACCGAUGUUCGGUGCCUAUCCUCUUAAUUUCCGUAGUGUUGGGUUAUUUCAUCAGGGACACGCAGUCACCUCUCGUCACGUCCAUAUACACCGCCAUCGACCGUCCACUCUUCUGUCUUACGAUGGUUGUCGCAUUAUUAGGAUUUAUAUAUAAAAUUGAUAGUCUCUGGUGGCAGUUUCUUUCCUGGUCCGGUUGGCGACCGCUGAGCCGGAUGUCUCUAUCCAUCCUACUGAUUCACUGGUGUUAUAACCUCACGCAAGCCGCAGUUAAAACAGACCUUGCGAGAACUUCGGUAUACGAAAUAGGUGGGCAUUGGUUCGUGACAAUGUUUAUGACGUAUGUGACGUCAUUGCCGACAUAUCUGCUAGUAGAACUGCCACUACAGCGGUUCCUAAAGGCAAUGUUUUUUUAGAAUGAACCACAAACAAACAGCUCUAAACAAAACCAAAUAACAAUCGACAUUGUUCUAGUGCAAUUAAUAGCCAUGUAGUUAAUUAAUUGGUGAGGAAAUUCGGGAAUUUUUAAAUCAUACCUAUUGGAAAAACAGAUGUACGAAUAUGUUUAUUACAUUUCGACAGUGGAAUCCAACGGUAAAGAUUUCAAAAUGUAU